AUGUUGAUGUCCCAGAGCCACGACCGGGUGCUGGAGCUGCAGGGCAACCCGUGGGUCGCCAUGCAGGAAGGCGGCCAGGUGUGCGGCAGAGGCAGGAGCAGCUGCGCCGACGUCGACUCGCUACUCGCGGGCGAGAAGCUGCCGCUCCUUCAAAACCUCCACAACAGCAGCAACAUCAACGUCAACAAGAAGCACAGCAACGCCUCCUUCUACACCCCGCCACCAUCUUCCCUACUGGGCUCCAAAGAGAUUUGCGUAGCCGGUGACGAAGAGACAGCCUUCGCCUCCACCCCACAAACCACCACCAUCGCUACCACACAGCCAUGGUACUUGCUGCCCAAGGGCGGCGUGGUGGCGUCAACCUUCCAGAUGCUCACCUCUACGAUUGGGUCGUCGUCGUUGACGCUGCCGUUCAUCUUCAUGCAAUUCGGGCUGGCUUCGGGCGUGGCGUUUCUGCUGCUGGGCGCGUCGCUCACCUUCUACUCCUACCACCUCCUCGUCUCCGCCCUCGAAGCCACCCACACCACCUCCUACGAAGAGCUCGUCGGCAAAGUGCUCGGCAAGCGCAUGGAAAAGGUGGUGAAUGUGAACAUCAUCAUUGUGUCGUGGGGCAGCGCGAUCGGCAAGUUGAUCAUCGUGGGCGACGUGCUGCCCAACUACCUGCGGCUCUUCCUCGGGGUCGACCUCGGCGACCUGGCCUACUCCUGGUCGCCCGCUCCUUCCUCCUCGGCCGCCGCCUUUCUCACCGAGCGGUGGUUCCUCAUACUGGCCUUCACCCUCGUCGUCAUCCUGCCGCUGGCGCUGGUCAAGAACCUGUCAUCGCUGCGCUACGUGUCGUCGCUGGGCUUCGUCUCGAUCUUCUUUUUGCUGUUCAUCAUCCUCUUCCGCUCGUUCGAGCGCUUCGCGCUGGCGACGGAGUGGGACGUGGUGCGCGACAAGCUGGCGUGGGCCCACUUCGACUCGCCCGCGCUGCUGCCGCUGCUUCCGAUCAUGUUCUACGUCUACUCGGCCCACAUCUCCAUCUUCCCGCUCUACCAGGAGCUCCAGCCCCAGGACGGCAAGCGCAUGCAGCGCAUCCUCUUCACCGACUGCGUCAUCCUCUUUCUCUUCUACUCUGCUCUCGGCGUGUGCGGCUAUCUGUCGUUUCUGGACGCGACGAAGCAGAACAUGCUGAACAACUACCCGCUGGGCGACAUUCUGCUCCAGGCCGCGUCGUUCAUCUUCACCAUCGCCCUCAUCACCAGCGUGCCCUUCUUCACCACCCCGUGCCGCACCAGUGUGGACUACAUGCUCUUCGGGCCGAGCGAAGGCCCGCACGUGUUCCGCGAUGUGCUGGAGACCCUGGCGAUCAUCUUCCUGCUGGUGUUCGUGGCGAUCGCGGUGCCCAACAUCACCACCGUGUUCGGCCUGCUGGGCGGGACGUGCGUCAUGUUCUGCGGCCACAUCGUGCCAGCGCUGACCCACCUCAAGGUGUCCGGCGCCAGCUGGCGCGACCCGCACACCUACCUCUCGUCGCUCCUCAUCGCCAUCGGCCUCUCCAUGGGCCUCAUCGGCACCGUCUCCAACCUCUACCUCAACUUUCUGCGAUAA